AUUAUCAAAGCCAUUUCCCGCUAAUGUAAAGCUCUCUGCACUAUGAAGUAAGCAACCAUGGCUCCAAAGCCAAAGAAGUCACCAAAAACCUCAUCUGUUUCUUCUACUAAACGCUCCACACCGGACCAGAAAACCUCCAUUAUCAGUGUUAAUCAAAGCCCUGAAACUCCUUCACUUUCUUAUGAUGAUGAAAGCUUUGAUUUGGCUUUAAUGGAGGCCAGUUUCAGGUUUCCUGGCUUCAUAUAUAGAAAUUCUUUUCAAGGUCGAGUUACAGAGGUCGAGGCCAAGAUGAAUGGUCCUUUUACGACGAUCUGGUUAUCUGAAGCUGCCAUGGCUGCUUCCUCUCUGUUGCCUGGUUCUUACGUAUCGGUCUCACUUGCCUCCUCUAAAGGUUCUCCCCUUGAAUCUCUAGCCAUUACAUACUCUGAAAAGUUCAGUAUCAACAUGGCUGAUUCAAUUGGUGCUUUCUUCGCAGUUGCAGUUGUGUGGCCUUCUCGAAAGGUUCUGAAGAAUGAUGUGAGAUUGUCAUGGAAUCUCUCAUGUACCAUGGGUAAUCCUUCACUGGGUAGAACUGUAUUUGUUUCCACUCUUGAAUGCUAUUCAAUAUCUCUUCAUUUGAAGAGCGCCCAAAACCCAGUUGAUGAUAAACUUCAAUGGGCCUCACUAAGAAAAUGCAAAGACAUUUAUUUAAAGUUACUUCCUUUGAAAGAAAAUAGAACCCAAAAUUCCUUUUCAACUCCAACAAAGACAGGGUCUGAUGGUUCUGAUCCAUCUAAAAAUGAAAAGCUUGAUUACACAGAAGUAAGAUUAGCCCUAGAAGAUGAAAAGAUAUGUGAACUUUUGAAGAAUUAUGCUGCUCGAUGGCUUUGUGGUCGAAGCCUAUUCCAUGGUAAUGUAGUGAUGCUUCCAAUAUGUGGUCAUGACUCUGCUUUUCAAGUGGUAGCCGGAAAGAGUUUUCAUGAUUCAGGAAAAAACAGUGAUGCUCCCUUCUUGAUUAACACAAAAACUGAGGUACAUUUAUUGUCAUCCACGCGAUCAAAUUUGGAAUCUGAUAAGAUAGGAGCUCUCCCUCUAAUUGGCUUUGAGAUCCCUGGAAAUAACAAGGAUAGUGGCUCUGAAGUUUCAAAGUUGGGUGGCCUAUCUGAAGAAGCUGGUUUUCUAGAUGAAAUAAUCUACUUCUCAUUGAUAAAUAGAGACACUUUGGCAAGGCUAGGAGUGCAACCAACAAAAGGUGUGCUUCUUCAUGGGCCACCUGGAACAGGGAAGACGUCUUUGGCUUGUGCUUGUGUUCAUGAUGCUGGUGUCAAUCUUUUCUCUAUUAAUGGGCCAGAGAUUGUUAGUCAAUAUUAUGGAGAAAGCGAGCAGGCACUGCAUGAAGUUUUCAAGUCAGCAACUGAAGCCUCCCCUUCUGUGGUCUUUAUAGAUGAAUUAGAUGCCAUUGCCCCUGCUCGAAAGGAUGGAAGUGAAGAGCUUUCUCAGAGAAUGGUGGCUGCAUUAUUAACCUUAAUGGAUGGUACUAGUAGAAAUGAUGGUAUAUUAGUUAUUGCCGCCACGAAUCGUCCUGAUUCUAUUGAUCCUGCUUUGAGGCGGCCUGGAAGAUUUGAUAGAGAAAUAGAAAUUGGUGUGCCAUCUCCUGGCCAACGGUUUGAAAUUCUGCAGAAGAUACUUCGGGGGAUGAGCCACUCCCUUAUUGAUACAGAAAUUCAGUAUCUGGCUUCAAGCACGCAUGGAUUCGUUGGUGCUGAUCUCACUGCUCUCUGCAACGAGGCAGCACUAAUUUCUCUUCGACGUUAUAUAGAAUGUGGAAACUCUAUUGAAUCUCCUAUGAAUUUUGAGGAUGAUUCAAUAGAGUCUGUGUCAUCAUUACUCUUGGAUUUAUCUAUAUCCUCUGAGCAUGUUCAUCUUUGUGGUGAAAGAAAUGACCUGUCAGAAACUGAUACUGCCAAAAAUAUGAAUCUUACCAACACUUGUGGAGGAAAGAACAUUUCUUCUUGUGGUGGGAGAACAGACUCUUUGUUGAGAGUGACUCCAGAAGAUUUUGAGAAAGCCAAAACGAAAGUUAGGCCUAGUGCUAUGAGAGAGGUUAUGCUCGAGGUUCCAAAAGUUGGUUGGAAAGAUAUUGGUGGUCAACAUGAGGUUAAACAACAACUUAGAGAAGCUGUAGAAUGGCCACAAAAGCAUCAGGAUGCUUUUAAACGUAUAGGGACAAAUCCGCCAAGAGGCAUUUUAAUGUUUGGGCCUCCUGGUUGCAGUAAAACAUUAAUGGCUCGUGCAGUGGCUUCUGAAGCAGGGCUUAAUUUUCUUGCAGUGAAAGGCCCUGAACUUUUUAGCAAAUGGGUUGGAGAAUCUGAAAAGGCAGUAAAGUCCUUGUUUGCUAAGGCAAGGGGUUCUGCUCCUUCAAUAAUUUUUUUUGAUGAAAUAGAUGGACUAGCUGUGGCUCGUGGAAAUGAUGGUCGUGGAGCUUCUGUUGGAGAUAGGGUUAUCAGUCAGCUGCUUGUUGAAUUGGAUGGUUUGAACCAAAGAGUAGGUGUAACUGUGAUUGCAGCUACAAAUCGUCCAGACAAGAUUGAUCAGGCCCUUCUACGACCAGGGCGCUUUGACCGACUUUUGUAUGUGGGACCCCCAAACCAUAGAGACAGAGAAGACAUCUUUCGCAUUCACUUGAACAAAAUCCCUUGUGGUUCUGAUGUCAACCUGUCAGAGCUUGCGAGCCUUACUGAAGGUUGUACAGGGGCAGAUGUUUCCUUAAUAUGUCGUGAAGCUGCUCUUGCAGCAUUGGAGGAAAGCCUUGAUAUGAUGGAAGUCUCAAUGAGGCAUUUUAAUCUUGCAAUAGGAAGAGUGCAGCCUUCAGGGGUUCGGAAUUAUCAAGAGUUAUCAAUUAAAUUUCAGAGGCUUGUAUCUAGCAGUUCCUGAGCUUACGGUUUGAACCAAGAGAAUCAAAGUAAGAAAUCAUGCAGACAAGAUUGCUUAUCCACUUGUAUGACCAGGUCCUCUUGAAAAUUUUAUUGCUCCUUCAGAAAGCAAAAAAAUCUGAAGAUUUUUUUAUAUGAUUUUGAUUUACUGCAUUCCUAGGGUGUUGAUGUUAAGUUCCUAUAGAAUACAAGAACAUUACAUGUAUAAAAAAGUAAAGGCUAUUAUGUACUCAGCUUAUAAGUUCACUGCAGGAUGCUUUGCUGAAAGUUGAGGGUGCAGAUGUCUACUUAGUAUGCUUUGAGGUAGUCAUUUGAGUUUUGCAGUUUGUUGUGCCUUCACUUCUUACAUAUUACUUCGGAGCCUAUAUUUGAGGUUGUACAAUGAAACCCGUCUUCGGGAAAAACUUUGCAGAACAGCUGACAUUUUAGAUGGUUGAAUGUGUCAUUUCAACAUCAUGGUCAGAAUGUUGGAGGUUGGGGCUUCUCAAGAGCUCAAAAGAAAUUCAAGAGGCUAGUAUAUGAAUGUGCGCAAGCAUCAUGGGUAGUUCUUCCUUUUUCUAAUUAUAAAGUAUGAUACAAAAUGGGGAAUAUUUUUUAAAAUAUUUUGGCUGUGGAUGUGAAUAAAUACUGUGACAUAAUAUUUGUUCUCAAGAGACUUCUAUUCUACCUUCAUGUCUCCCUGGAGACUUCCAUAAUAGCAAUUAUUCUAUGUGAGAAAUGAACUAAAUAAAAUGAACAAGGUUUUGUUACAGACAUCUUUUAUAUAAAUUAUGAUGCAUUGCGU